AUGAAGGCCAUCAUCGCAACUCUUCUCCUUGCCGCCUCGGUAGCCGCAGCACCUGUUAUCGUCAACAUAGACGAUCUCGUCACCAUCAACCCCGAAGACCUUCGUAGCCCAAGGUUCCCAAUCAUGGGAUUCAAAGAAGGUGACCGUGGCGUCGACAAGCGCGAAGCCGAGGCCAUUGCACCAGUCGCAGCAGGAAUCUUUGGCAUCGCAGCCGGCACCAUCGCCAAUGCCAUCGCUACGGGUGCCACCAAGGGUUUGACCUCUGGAAGCGUCCGCAACACGAUCGAAAGAAUCUUCGGGCGUGGCGAGCGCUCCGUUUCUGAUGAGCGUCUCGCAAAGCGCGAAGCCGAGGCCAUUGCACCAGUCGCAGCAGGAAUCUUUGGCCUCGCAGCCGGGACCAUCGCCAACGCUAUCGCCACGGGAGCCACCAAGGGCUUGACAUCUGGAAGCAUUCGCAACACGAUCGAAAGGAUCUUCGGGCGCGGCAAGCGCUCCGUGCCUGCUGGGGAAGACUCGUGGACCUUCGAGGAUGUCGUGGAGCGUUUCGCCACGCAGGCCGUCGAGGAUCUCUACACUGAUGAGGCGACACCUGAGGAAGCUGCUGUCUGCGUCAGCAUCGCGUAUGAGAUCGGUGGGAAUGACACCCUGGUGAGGGAGGCUCAGUCCGUGCAGCUCUCCUCCAAGGCGGACGGCACGACGGUUGAGUAAGUGUUCUCCCGAUGCCGUGCGAUUCUUUCAUGCAUGCUGAUGCUUUGAGUAGCUUCGACUGCUUCCUUCUCGCAGCACCUCUCAACUUCACUGUUCCUGCCGACCAGGUCAAUGCCACCACUGUGAGCGAUCCCAUUCACGCACACUGUAAGCCAGCCGUCUUGCUGACCACUUUCCGCACAGGUCGCCGUCAAGCCAGGACCAGGAACUUGGAAGAACGGCGUUCUUAGCUUUUAG